UUGGCGUUUCUCCAUAGCAAGAUGAAGAUCAUACCUAUCUUAAUAUUGGCAAAUCUUGGCUAUGCCUUAAGUGAAGAUUAUCUUGAGCGUGAAAAUAGACAGAGACUUCAAGAUGUUGUAAACAAAUAUAGGCACUUGUCCCAUGGAAAUGCUGAAUUCUCCCGGUGGAUUGAAAAACUCUUCCAUGCUAUCGAAAAGCCAGUCUUUGGUACGGGAACUGUUAUAUGGAGAAUACAAUUGCUGGCUGAAUUCAACCAAUACGACAAAAGACGUCAAGAACUUGAAGAUAGAAUUAAUAAUCGUUUGGCCAGAGUCAGAAAAUUGAUAAACUUAAAAAUGGGAGGCCAGGAAUGUGUGAAAUUUUACAAAUUGCAGAAAACUGAACUUAAAAACGCCUUAGGGCUCUCCAAUUCUAUGAAAGACAUCAAAUUUGCUAAAAAUAGUGGUUCAUGCCCGAAAAAUUUACAUGAUACAAAUGAUGAUGAAGAUGAUUAUUAUUUAUAAAUUUUAAGCAAUAUU